CCGCCGGGAUCUCUCGUGGUGCCCGAUUGUUACGAACAAUAUCUCAGCUCGCUCUCACCCGGUCAGAUUCCCCAACCGCUCGUCGUCGCUAAAGAAUCUUCUGCUUCAAGAUCAAUCAUACCCCUCGUCGACCACCAGCAACUUGUCGAGUGCGUCAUCGACCCAGGCUCACAAGUCAUAGCAAUGUCGGAUGGUAUCUGCAACGAGCUUGCCCUCAUCUACGAUCCAGAGGUCGUCCUCAAUAUGCAGUCGGCUAACGGAGAGAUCGACAAAUCCCUCGGUCUCGCGCGUAACGUCCCCUUCUUAAUAGGCAAUAUCACUUUUUACCUCCAGGUACACAUCAUUCGCAACCCCGCCUACGAUGUGCUCCUCGGUCGACCUUUCGACAUUCUCACUGAGAGCAUCGUCAAGAAUUUUGCCAAUGAAGAUCAGACGAUCACAAUAAGUGACCCGAACACCGGACGGAAGGCAAUGAUCCCAACGGUUCGAUGA